GAUUUAUAUCAUCCGGAGAUCGUGAAACGGAAACCAGCCGAGGUCCCCAACACUCAGUCUCGUAAACACAUUAUGUUUCAAGUGCAGCGACGCCUCCGUAAUGCAACUGGAACAACCGAUGAGCGAUUUUCCGAAAAUCGGCAACGCAUCAAAUAUGAACAUCGUGUUCAUGAGGAGCUGACUCGUUUAUUUGAAGCUGAGGAUGGGGCUUUCUACUUCUCUCCUGGGGGCGGCGACAUCACUAGCUGGACACAACGCAAGCUCUCUGCACACUAUUGGACCGGCGCUUCGCAGUGCACCAAUUCUACUGAUGUCGAAGCUCCACGGGAUCUGUGUCACAUGCCCGCGCUUCGACAACCGGUUUGGCGCCGCGCGGAAAAUCAUUUUUUUUGGAACAUCAACUUGUUGUCGGACGCAAUUGCAGAUGCCGACCGGCUACUAUCUUCGCAUGGGCUUCCCAGCUAUGGGGCGACUUACGCGUCUGUCGCAGAGGAGAGCGAUUUGAUCAAAUUAAUCUCCGAUUUGGAAGGUUUAAUUGUUCCCAUCGUCCAGGGUUACGUGGAGCUAGCGCAGAUUUCUCUGAACGAAGUUGCAUUCCCACAGUUCCUCUUUCAUCCGAGGUCCAAGCCGUCAGCGAACACAAAGAUCCAACGGACAAUUUAUCGCUCUCGAUCAUCAAUAGAUCUUUCUGCCGAGUGUUCCAUAAGUCAAUCUAACAGUGGUCGCAAUCAAGUUGACGCUCCAGGGCAGAUCGAAGACGAUUCCACAAUUUCCUUCGGCAGUAAGUUUGACAGCGGAACCUCAAAGAGCGAAUCGGACACUGGUUAUCCCCAAACUGCGGCAGAUGGACACACGACCUUUGAGGAGGAUGAUUCGGAAUUGAAUGCGGAAACAGUGGAUUCGACCUCACAAAGCUACUCCUUGUCUGUGACGCAACGCCACACGCAUCCUGAUCCUCUUUCCUCUGAUGUGACGGUAAUCCUCUUUUCACGUCGAAGUCGUUUCCGUGCCGGUACCAGGUACCGACGACGUGGGAUCGACGAUGAUGGCAAUGUGGCCAACUACGUGGAGACUGAGCAGAUAUUGCAAUCUCACUCCACGGAGAAUCCACAAACCGUAGCUUUCUUGCAAAUUAGAGGUUCCGUCCCAUUGUUCUGGUCACAAACUAGCCUGAAGUAUCGACCUCCGAUCAACUUGAAUGAGGAUGGCCAGAGAAGUCAGUCCGCUUGCUUGAAACACUGGAACAAGCUUCUCUCGUCUUUCGAUCGAGUGGUCAUUGUGAAUCUACUCGACUGUGGCCGAAAACGGUCGGAGGAUCCACUGUUUGAGGCCUACAUUCGUCAUCUGUUACUGUUGAAUCAAGAGAAGUUGACGUGCAUCUUGUUUGAUUUUCAUGACUACUGUCGUGGGUUACGCUUUGACAACGCUUCCACUUUGCUGUCGGGGAUUGUGGAUCUUCUGCGCGACAUGAAAUUUUGUUGGGCUAACUCUUGUGGCGUAUUGUGCGAACAACGCUCCGUGUUUCGAGUCAACUGCCUCGACUGUUUGGAUCGCACCAAUUUGGUGCAAUGCCUCUUCGCAAGUGUCGUCAUGGUCACGCAACUGAAAAAGUUAGGUCUUCUCGGCCCCGAAGACAACCUACCACCCGCGCUUCUGCGCACCCUGCAACGCAUGUGGGCCAACAACGGGGACGCCAUUAGUCACCAAUACGCAGGCACCGUGGCUAUGAAGGGCGAUUUCACAAGGACCGGUGAGCGUACAAUGAACGGCAUGGUACGAGAUGGGGUCUCCUCGAUGAACCGAUACUAUCUGCGGUUUCGUGAAAUAACACGCCAGGCUGCAAUCGAUCUUUUGUUAGGCAACGAUGAUAGCCCCGAGUUGAUCCUCAUACGAAAUGGAGCCGGUUUGGAAGCGGCCUCUAUUCAAGCCCGGGAGGAGAACUUGAGAACACUUAUUCGCCAAUGUCGACGAAUUUUGUUGGAUCCAGAAGAAACGAACCUGACCGAAUGUGUCCUUACCGCUUACUCAGGGCUCUCACUGGAGUUAAACUACGCGAACACGUUGCUUCUGGUGACCGAUCGCUAUUUGCAUUUCAUCCGCACGGAUGUUUCCGCACGAUCUAGUCGCCCCAUCUAUGUUCGAAUUCCUGUGAGCGGUGUUCAAAAACUGGAGCUUGGUCUCGAGCCCUCUGUGUUCCGUGCACAUCGGCAAGUGCUUCGAAUAUUCUACUCACCCCCACCCACACCACUGGACUCACUGGGUCCAUCCAUUGUGAAUCCUCCACAGCCUUCAGAUAUAUCACCUGGGAACAGCGACUCGCGAGCCGAAGUAAAAACUUCACAAACCAAGAUACGACCACAGCGGCCUGCUGCAAAGUCGGACUCCGAAACACUCGACUCACAUAUGGCAGCCGAUAUGAUGCGCCAGUUCUCCUCAGACCUCGAAUUGUCGGAUGCGCGUCCCCUGUGCACAGAUGAUCUUCACCUGACAUCCACAGCACCAUCGGAUACUCAUCCCUCCGAGAACGUUCAUCCCACGUCGAUCCGAAGGUCCAGUUUGAAGAGGAGGCCACCUCGUGGCCCUCUACGAUUGUCCAGACCAGGCACCACACGACAACACUUUUUGGCCUUCGUUCAACCCAAUGUGCGCCUCUUCAACACCUUGUUGAUUCCCGUUCCUCCUGGCGAUGAGUCAUUACAAGCGCUCAACGUGGUGGCUGCCAUGAUCUUGGUGUCCGUUCGGUCCGUUGGACGUGAACUGGAAGUGAUCGAUCAUCCUCCGCAGUCGAAACUAACUCGUCUCCGCCAGGCCAGCAUACCCUCUUCGUAUAUGCCCGUGAUCGAUGCCGACAAACUGUACGCUGGAUUACAGCCGAUCGGAUGGCGAAGUCGCCCUCCUAGAAUCACACGGGGUGGACGGGGCGCAGCAUCUCCGGAUGCCACUCAGGGAACAGAAGAGUUCACUAUCAGUUCUGAUGGGGAGGCGACGACAGCAGGGAAGAGACAGACGGCAGCCAAAUCUACGAAGGCACGUGUCAGCAACGGUGUACCACCUAGCAGAACAGUGGACAAGCUGAAGUUGCGAUUGAACCAGAUCAAGCUCCCGGACAUUCGUAUAAAAAUUCCGCGGCGCACAUCCACCUUGAACCAGCCAAGCACAACUCCCACACGUGGCACAUCGACAUCCUCCGGUGUGGACGGAAUGGGUUCCCUCGUUGGACAUUUCUUAUUGGAUUUCGCCACCACUGUUCGCGAUGCCGGUCUGCAACAUACAGACACCUAUAAUUGCCCUACUCAGAGCCUUCACACUGUGGCGGAUAACGAACUUGUAUCAAGGGAAAGUACGGCGGUUCCUGAAGAAGAACUGGCAGCUGUUCCAGAUUCAGGUGAUCUCGUCGAGAGCAGACUUUUUCCGAUCGGCGGCGACGACGAUUGGGGUCUUGAGAGUGACGUGGGAGCAAUAGGUGGAGUCGAAGAGGACGAUGAGGAGGAGGAUCCGUUGGAUGAUGCUGACGACGAAGAGGACGAUGACAAAGAGUUACGUCUCAUGGACAGAGAUGGAUUACUAGCCGCUUGUGGUUUGGAUCGACAUUCUUUUGCAACAGAUAUCUUCCAGCCAACCAUAUCCUCCGAAACAUGUUCCACGAGCAAGCCACUCAGUGAGGUGCCCAACAGGAUAACGGUGGAGGAGCUCGCGAACACAGUGACGCGGACAAAAGCCAACUUGAAGCGACACUGGUCCUAUACCACAGCUGAAUCCAGGCUUCUCCGCCAACAGUUGGCGGCCACUAAGAUCACCGAUCCCAGCCGGAGACGAUAUUCUGGUGCUCAUGUCUCAACCUUGACUGCUCGCUCUCCAUCACUUGACCAGCUUACUAGUGUCCGUCACCGGAUGAGCCAAAGUGAGACGGACCUCGACCGCUCUAGAGAUGCACGCGACCACUCCGUGGAGCGCGUCGAUCCAACAAGAUCCCUCUUCGGUCCAGGUGGCCGGGACGAGAUGGAUCAUUUGACGCAUCAGUUUGACCAAACCAUUCGAAGCAUGGAUGGUAAACCGCAACCCGAGCGAACGGCAUUCGAACUCGGUCUGAUACCAAGUCCUACCACGCACAACAUAAAACACACAGAACGCAUGCGGAGGAAACAAUUGGAGACCGUACUCCGGUUGCAACAGUUGCACCAUGCAUUAUGUCCAGGACAGUCAAUCAAAACUUCCUUCAUUGUAUUUUAACCCCCCCCCCCUCUACCAUCUUUCAUCCACCCUAUCCCCCAGCUCCACGAAGCUCCAAUACAACUCAUGUUGGUCUUUCGGUUCAGAGUGAUCUCGUCAGUUGUCCUUGUGUAAACGCUCCUAUUUCCCACCCUCGAUCACUCCGAUUAUGUCCUGUCCUAUUUUUUCUGCUCAUUUUUCAUUCUUUUUUCUUCAUCGAGAUGCACCGUGCUUAUGUUCCACUAUGUGUUAUCUUUUAGCAUGCACGUGAGAUGAUUGAGUCUCUGCGUUCAAACCAACUACAGCUAACUCUUAGAUGAUAUUGCUUACUAAUGGAUGCUUGCAAAUGAACUCUUGUGGUUAGAGUCAG